CAAAAUGUUAUUAUGCAAAUCCACUGAAAAGUUUUUCUGUUGCUGCUGUAACCGUUUUGCGUUUGCGUGGGAGGCUCCACCACCCUCCAGAGGGAAUUGCGUCGGCGCCAUUUACGACUUUGUGCGAGAAUUUAGACGUUGAAUCCGAGCCCCCCUGCCGGAGUCGCCUCCCCUUAGAAAAGUGGGGAAGGCGGAGGAAGUGCAAUUUGGGAUUUGGGAUUUUUGAGGCACGUUGUGCCAAAAGCGAUAAAACAGAAGAAGCCAACACAAAGCAAGACAAACUAUUAAAGCAGCAAACUAAAAGGAGCUCUCUCCCCCAGCAGGCUGGCGCCGCCGUCCGCGUCGUUGCCGGCUGUGGGCAAACCAGGGUUUGGGUGACCGAGCACCCCGCAAAGGAACCGAGCCAGCGGCCAAACAACGCAACGCUCGGGCACCCCCAAUCUCUCCAAGCCUAA